UACCAAGACCCAUAUCAGUCUCGCCUUACUGCUUCGGAAUUGGCUGCCCUUGAGCUCGUUGAUUCAUCGGACAGCUUGAUGCCUGUAUGCACAAUCACUGAUCGCGGCAUGUCAGUCGCCUUUCGCCUGUGUCCUCGACUUACCAGCCUCACGGUGCGCCACGCACCUUAUCUAGUCUCUCUUCGCCGAUGGCAACCAUCGCCAUCGACACCAGCUUCAAUGCCCCCAGUCAUAAUGGUGGCGCCACUAUCGCCAUCAUCAGGUGCAGCCCGAGUUCCAGAAAACAGCAUUCGACACUCACCUAUUCGUGACGCACCGGAACCCAGUGCCUCGGCAUCCCCACAGCCUUCUGCAUCCUCAUUAGAAGCUUCGUCUGGUCCCUCAUCUGUUUGCAGGUCUUCUCAAGCCCUGUUUGCAAUACAGCAACCUUUGUCUUCUAUAGACUCGGCUGCUGCAGAUCCUGUAGCAAGUGGGGCUGUUUCCAUACCACUCGGCAAUUCUUUGAGCGUUGCAAAUAAUGGUGCCCAAAUACGGGGUUUUCAAUCUCCUGCUCUUAUUGCCGCUGGAGAAACUGGCUUCUUGCCAUUACGUUCACUCACAUUAGAAAACUGUCCUGGUAUUCAAAUCGAGGCUCUAAUUCUGGAGGCCCUGGCAGCAAAUACUUAA